AUGCCGAUGGGUCCCAACCACGCGUUGACGCCUCGUGCUCCAUCACUUCAACAACCGCAAUCUUCAAGCGACACCGACAUACCCAACGACUGUUUGCCGCUCCUCCACGCCAGCGUUGUGGUUAACGUUGACGGGAACAUAACGCGUACGACGCUGCUCCAACGAUUCAGCAACCCGUCCGAACAGUCCAUCCCAGAGGCUCGAUACAUGUUCCCGCUAUACGAUGGAGCGGUCGUCGUAGCGUUCCGAUGCACUGUUGGUCAGGAGAGAGAGUUGUUCGGCAAGGUCCAGGCCAAAGAGAAGGCACGGAAUACUUUCGAAAAAGCAGUCAAAAGACACGAAACAGCAGCGUUGUUGGAGGAGCAUACGCCCGAGAUCUUCGAAACCGUCAUUGGAAAUAUCCCGGCGCAGACUGACAUUGAAGUCCGAAUCGAGUAUCUGGGCGAGGCCAAAAUUUCAGUCCUCGACCACACUGGGGACGUCAUCGACAUCAAUAUCCCCAUGUCCAUCGCACCGAGAUAUGGGAAGUCAUCCUCGUUUCCAGAGAAUACAUCGACUAUGGUGAACCGGGAAGGGCUUUCCAUUGAGGUCAAGGUGACAGACAGCGGAACGGUCAAGAAGCUGCACUGCAACCAUCAAGUCAAAAUCGAGAAGAAUGUCCCCUUCAAUCCAAUGAAGGCUAGCAGCCUUGCCGAGCUAAGCAAAAGCGACGUUAGGGCAUCGUCAUCAGCUGUCCCACCGCCUACCCAGUCUGUCAUCAGGUACGCCUCGGACGUUGCCAUCAUGGACGAAGACUUUGUUGUCUCGGUUGAGAAUAACCCCUCUCAUCCACUUCGCUCCCGAGCCGUUUUGUCCCCUAGCGAUGAAAACGGUCUCGCUGCCGUGAUGAUCAACAUCAAACCCGCAGAGAUAUUUAAGAGAGCCACCCGCGCGGACCGAUUCGCUGGUGAACUUCUCUUUGUUCUCGACCGUUCUGGGUCCAUGGGAUCACUUGAUUAUAGGGGCCGGCAAGGAAACACUGGUAGGACAAAGCUUGCAACACUGAAAAGGGCGAUGCCCCUUGCGCUGUCCAGUCUGCCGGAGACGUGUCACUUCAAUGUCGUGUCUUUCGGAUCGGAUGCUGAGUUUCUAUGGCGACGGUCAAUGCCUUACACAAAUGAAAACCUUGACUUCGCGCAAAGAUAUCUGCAAAGACUUGAAGCGAACAUGGGAGGGACUGAACUACUUCAUGCGCUGAAGAAGGCUGUCGACUCACGCCGUGCCGAACAGUCCUCCACACAGAUCAUUCUUGUCACGGACGGCGAAGUCCAAUCUGAUUCCAUCCUGGAGUUUGUCUGGAACACACGCCAGGAACUCGGUGAUAAGAUCCGGUUCUUUGCACUCGGCAUAGGAUUUCAAGUUCCCCAUCGCCUCAUCAACCGGAUCGGUGAGUUUGGCGGUGGAUACGGAGAGGUGGUCGACAUCGAAGCAAAGCCUAAGUGGGAAGACCGACUCAUCGUGAUGCUUGCGGCCGGUAUCGGACCAAAGAGUUGGAACUGCACAAUCGAUCUCGGCGAGGGGUUUGAGAGACAGAGUCUCAUGUCGGAUCGGUUCUGGGAUGAAUCCACCCGACAAGAGCCCGAAGAACCAGGAAUCGUCCCCUUCAUCCAGGCCCCGUAUCCCAUACCGCCGAUGCACCCUUUCGCCUUUCGGUCUAUCUUCCUUCUUCUGGACCUAAGCUCAGGCAGCCCUCCAACAAAGGUGAUCCUGAGUGCUACCAAGGACGAGGCCAAACCGGCAACGGAACACGUGCUCUUCCUGGAGCCAACAAAGACAGACACAUCCACAAUUCAACACCUGGCAGCCAAAGCAGCUCUUCUCGGCCUCGAAGCUGAAGUAGACCGCCAAAUACCCAAUCGACGCCAAGAAGAGCUUGCGCAGAAGAACGCAGUUGCACUGGGGAUCAACUACGCCGUCAUAAGCCGGUGGACAAGUUACGUGGCCGUCGAAGACUCCACAGGUGUUGUUGACGAAGUCGACCUUUGCAAGGCCGUAUUCCUUCAAGGGGAACUCGUGGAUUUCAUCGACUCUUUCAAUAAGAGAAUCUAG